AUGUACAUACCUCUAUUUCGCCAAAAACGCGAGUUCGAUGACUUAUCGGAGCAUCUGGAUGCUUUGAGUGGAGGAGGAAAACAAGGAGCUGUACAAGAUGAGGAAGUGGAUCCGAUAUAUAUGAGUGUUAUCCGGGAGAAGAUAGCCAAUGCUGGAAACCUUGUCCACGAAAUAAGAGGCCGCCAAUUUUCGCAUUUUGAUAAAGUUAUAAAAGAGGAAGAGUCUGCAUAUGGUUUCGAUUAUUAUGUGGACGGCGACAAUACGACACCCCAAGAUCACGACGAAGAGCCCUCGCUUUUUAGUGUUGUUAAGAAAGAAGAAGGAGAAAUACCGGACGAUGUGGAUCCAUACGAAGAGCUCGAACAAAAAACUCAGAGCUUUUUUGUCACGAACAUCACUGUGGGAACACCACCGCAGUUGUUCACGGUGAUCGUCGAUACUGGAUCAGCAGAUUUUUGGGUUCCUGAUAGCUCUUGUACCACAUGCAAAAACAAAAGGCGUUUCAAUAGUCAGGGUUCUACGACGUAUAGCAAAAAAUCCUCUUCAUUCAUGGCAAGCAACCACUUCGGCGUAACGGAAGGAUUCUAUGGAAUGGACGUUCUCAGGCUCUCUACCAACGAUGCAAACAUGAUCGUCAUUCCCUCCACAGUUAUGGGGCAGGCCAACGAGUUGCCGGCUGCCGUCUCGGCUUUGAAUGGUGUUGAUGGAGUACUCGGCUUGGCUUUUCAGUCCAUUGCCAGCGACAGUACGAUUCCACCUCCGUUCAUCAGAGGAGUUGCGCAAGGUGAUAUUGCUCAAUCGGUUUUCUCUAUUUGGUUAGAAGAGCAAUGGCAGACAUCGGAUAAUGGUACUCAUGGUGUCAUUUACUAUGGUGGUAAGUUAAUAAGUUAA